GGAGGAGCGGCUCAGACAGAGAGCUCUCAGCCCGAUUACCGGAACACCGCUCUAAUCUCCGGAUUAUAUCACAGGAUGCGCUGCCUGCACCGGGCGCUGCUGCUGCUGGUGGCCGUCUUCUGCUGGCAGAGGAGCUCCGCACAAGGUGUGAACUUCCCUACAGCAACAGACAUCAAGGUGUCAUCGAUCAACUUUAAAACCAUAUUAGACUGGAGGCCCAAACCUACAAACUACACGUACACCGUGCUGGUGAGAGGUCAGUUGUUUCAAGACUGGAAGAAGAAAUGCAUCUAUACCAAGGAAACCUCAUGCGAUGUGUCUGAUAUCAUGCAGGACGUCCGAGACACCUACGAAAUUCGAAUAGUUUCAGAAAUAAAAUCUUCCGAAAUUACUGAAGAAUUUCCUUAUGCUGAGGGUCCGACAUUCAGACCUUAUGACCAAACAAUUAUUGGGAAACCGAUUAUCCAAAAUUUCACACUGAACAAAGAGCAGAAUACUCUCACCGUAGUUAUCAGAGAUACUCCGACACCCUACAAAUAUACUAAUAACACUCCGAUCACCGUGCGGGAUAUGUUUCCAAAUGACUUUAGCUACACACUGUUCUACAGGAAGGCUUCUAGCACAGGAAAGAAACAACAAUCAUCUGCAACCAAUGAAAUUGUCAUAAAUACCGACAAAGGAGAAAGUUACUGCUUCUUCGCCGAGGCAUCAGUUCCAUCUCGCAAAUCUAACAGAGAGAGCCAGCACUCUGACGAACUCUGCACCUCCUCAUCUGCGGGGGAAGAAUUUGAUGUUGUUAUAUUGGUGGCUGUAGGAAUAUCAGCGGGUCUCAUUGUAUUAAUCGUAGUGCUGUCGGUGAUCCUUUGCAAAUGCAGAAACGGGAAGAAAGAAAAGACUAAGGAGAUGAUGCCGCUGAAUGCCGUAUAGACGAGGGCUCCUGGAGGACCACUGUACCUGCUCAUUGACUACUGCAGCCAUGGACUCCUCAGUGCACACUACCCGCUGCUCAUCGAAGCAGCACACCGUAUUCCUGGUUUCUGUGAAACUGGUCAAUCCAAUAUUAAUUCUUGAUCACGUCAAUAUUUGACUGGGUGCAAGUUAAAAUUGUUUUAUAAAUGGCCGUAUGCAUUCCUUUUAUAUGUAACGUUAUAUGAUGAUGGACGUUUGUCGAGUCCGUGGGGUAUCUUCCUUGCUACUGGACUUGGCACUGAAUGAGGAAUUUAUAAUAAUAGCAAUACAAAGAAUAUCUUGCUUUUUAAAGCACUACCAGCAAACACUAGGAAGGGUACGACAAAUUUUAAUAUAGUGUAUAUGACAUUCCUUUCUUAUGCCUCCUGAUCAUUCCUGAGUCUCCAAAUAGGAGAAAUGCAGAGCUGUCUGACCAUGGGCAUUUCAUAUGCAGAGGAGAUAAGCAGCUACCAUUCAUCCCUGGAGAUACUUCUCUUCAGAAGAAAAAAAAAAAAGUUAGAUUUAUUUUUCUCCAUGCCAGUAGGGCGAUAGUCUGGCAGAAGAUAUUACCUUGCCAGUAGAUGCUGUGAAUCAUCACCAGAAAAUGUCAAUGUUGAUUUCUUCAUUUUUAUCAAACUGU